GUUUACCCUCUGUUCAAAUUUAAAAUCUCUCUCUCUCUCCUCUCUCUCUUUCUCUCUGUGUUUCAGAAUCUGGUCAGACUGCAGUAUUCCAUUCCAUUCCAUUCCAUAGCAGCAGCAGAGAGAGAAUGUUCCACGCCUCGAAGAAGCCGGCAGCUAUGAAUCCUCACCACCACCACCAUCACGACCGUACCAUCUGCGGCGGCGGCGGCGGCGGUGGCGGCGGAGACUCAGGCCUCGUCCUGACCACCGACCCCAAGCCUCGCCUCCGCUGGACUGUCGAGCUCCACGAGCGCUUUGUCGAUGCUGUUACUCAGCUCGGCGGCCCUGAUAAGGCGACCCCGAAGACGAUCAUGAGAGUGAUGGGGGUGAAGGGCCUCACACUUUACCAUCUCAAGAGCCAUCUCCAGAAGUUCAGGUUGGGGAAGCAGCCUCAUAAGGAUUUCAAUGAUCAUUCCAUUAAAGAUGCAGCAUCUUUGGAACUUCAACGAAACAAUGCAUCGUCAUCAGGAAUUCUGGGGCACACCAUGAACGAGAUGCAAAUGGAGGUGAACAGAAGACUCCAUGAACAGCUCGAGGUUCAAAGGCAUCUGCAGCUAAGAAUCGAAGCUCAAGGAAAAUACAUGCAGACGAUUCUCGAAAAGGCCUGCCAAACACUCGCCGGAGAAAACAUGGCCGGCGCCGCCGUAGGCUACAACAACAUAGCGCCGCCAGAGAUUUCAGGGCUGAAGGAAUUCGGGCCUGCAGCAGUAGCCAUGAAUUUCCAGGCACUUCAAGAUCUGAACGUCUACGCUGCUGCUAAUUCUAAUCUAAACGGCGGCGCCGCCAUGGAAAGAGCUCCGGUGGAUGCAACAGCAGCAGGUUCUUCGCUCAGCGAUAAUUUCUUCAGAAAAAAGAGGCCUAAUCCAUACGGCAACGACACUAAUUAUUCAGGUGGGAAAAGCCCUAUGAUUUGGGCUGAAGAUCUUAGGCUGCAAGAAAUUGGAACCACACCUCCUGCAGCAGCUCUGAUCGACGACAUUAAUAAUCCCCAAAUUCAGAUUGCGCCAUUGUCGUUGGAUCGAGCAAGCUCCGAACACGUCGCCGACGCAGUUUCAGAUCUAAGUAAUAAUAAUAAUAAUUAUGAGACUAAACCUCUUUUUUCUGGAGAUCAUCAACCCGUCGGGGAUAAGAAAUUCGAUGUUUCUGCCAAGGUGGAGAGGCCUUCCCCAUCCCCUGUAGCCGAUAGGCUGAACCCCACCGCCGCCGCCGUGAUGCGGCACGGCCGGGGAUCGCCGUUCGGGUGAAAGAAGAAUUAAUUAUGUGUAUGUAUGUAUGUAUUUAUGUAUGGUUUUGAUUGAUGUGAAAGUAAGUAACAUUAAUCCUUAUUAUUAUUAGUUAGGGUUUCUUUUUGGAGGUGAUUGGAAUAACUUUGGGUUUAGUUUGU